CUCGGCCUGGCGCUCAACUACUCUGUUUUCUACUACGAGAUCCAGAACGCCCCGGAGCAGGCCUGCCACCUGGCCAAGACGGCGUUCGACGACGCCAUCGCCGAGCUGGACACCCUCAACGAGGACUCCUACAAGGACUCAACGCUCAUCAUGCAGCUCCUCCGCGACAACCUAACGCUCUGGACAAGCGAUCAGCAAGAUGACGAUGGUGGAGAAGGCAACAAUUAGACCCCCAGAUGGACUGGCAGCCGCACGCUGAUGCUAACUACUGCAGUCUUUAUUUUUCC